AGAAACUCUUCAUCCCCGAGUAACGUGCGCGUGCUUACAAGAGGUGAGGGCGCCAUGGAGGGCCCGGCCUCACCUUCUGCUUCCACAGCGGCUGCGGCGCCCUCCCCGGAGACUCCAGCGGACCCGACCUCCCUGGAACAUCUGGACAAAGAGCAGAUUAGAAAAGCAGUGGAAGUUCUCCUGGCACAGUCCAGAUCCAGAAAAAAAGAUAAUGGAUUGCUUCUGAAUGAGAAGGAGAAUUUGUUCUUAAUGGUAAUAUUAUGGAAAAUUCCAGAAAAAGAACUGCGGAUCAGAUUGCCUUUGCCUCAUAGUAUUCGAACUGAUUUGUCGGAAAUCUGCUUAUUCACUAAGGAUGAGCGUAAAUCAUCUGAACAGACUGAGCGAUUCUAUAAGAAACUUUUGAAUAAGCAUGGAGUUAAAUCCAUUUCUCGGAUUAUCCCUUUCCACACUUUAAAAACAGAAUACAAAGCCUAUGAAGCGAAGCUUAACCUCCUGAAUAGCUUUGACUUCUUCCUUACUGAUGAAAGAAUUAGGCGGCUUUUACCCACGCACAUAGGGAGACAUUUCUAUCAGAGGAAGAAAGUUCCAGUGCCUAUAAACCUUCAGGCCAAGAAUUUGUCCCAAGAGAUCAGCAACUGUGUCAGUGGAACGGUCUUAAACAUCUCCAAAAGUGGAUCUUGCAGCACUGUACGAAUUGGUCACACUGGAAUGCAGACACAGCAUGUCAUUGAAAACAUUAUGGCUGUCUUGGAAAAGCUUUCAGAAAAAUUGCCACAGAAGUGGCAGAGUGUGAAACUCCUCUUUGUGAAAACUGAGAAGUCAGUUUCCCUUCCCAUCUUUUCCUCCUUUGUCACCUGUCGGGAUGGAAACCACAUUGUGUUCUUACAUAGUAUGAAGAAGAAGAUGGGAAAGAUAAAAACAAAAGAGAAAUACCAGGGAAAACAAAAGUUGAAGAAAAAAAACAAAAUGUUGAGACAAAGGGCCAAGAAGGCAGCGUCAGUCCUACCUCGAGUUAAAAGUCAUGAGGUCAGCGGUGCUGCAGUGAAGGGCCCUGACUCCACGAAGAAGAACAAGAAGAAGAAGAAAACUGGGAAAGUGUGUGCCCAGCCCAAAGUCACAGGCGAUUCUGACGAUGAGAUUCCACAGCUGGUACCAAUAGGAACAGCUCCAGCUACAGAAAACGUCAAGAUACAAGAGCAUGUCACAGAAAAGUCUCCAAAAGAGAGUCCUAGUCCCAGCACACCUCUGAGCAAGAAGAGAAAGGCCCUGCCUAUUGCAGAGACCUCAGAAGCUUCCAGGCCUGGGGACCCAGGGAACAGCCCAGGGAAGAAGCCAAAAAUGGAACAAGAGAAAGAAAGAAACUCUUCACUGGCAAAAAAAGACCCAAGACAGACUCCAAAAAAGCCAGAGGCCAAGUUCUUCACUACUCCCAAGAAAUCUGUAAAGAAAGUUCCCAAAACCCCCAAACAAACAGUGAAAAAAGUCUAAGUGUCCCAGUCAAGCUGAAAUCAGUGCCUCAACCAGAAAAGCCACAGUUUCCUGAAGUGUGUCAUAGCACUCAGCUGGUGCUGGACUGCAUGUUCGGAACCUGAGCCUGGGCUACAUCAGGACUAACAAAACGGGGGGCAAAAAUAAAACAGUCGCAUAUAUAAUUAAUAAUACUGGGUUCUGACUCCCAUUGCAACCUUUCAACAGUGAUGCCUGGACAAUGCUUUUUUAAAAUCUCACUGAUAAUUCUGACACGUUUCUGUUUGUAAAAAAGUGGGUUUGAGGUAAAAAUCUAUUUUUAAUUGUCUGAUGUACUUGCUAAUAGAGUGCUUCUCCCUGAUUGUAUUUCAUAUUAAAAAGUUUGAUAUCUGUC